CAGAACAAACUCCUAACAGGAGGAGACUCACUCAUGGCCUAUGAGACAGAGGAUCAUGAGACUCAAUACUGCUUUCCUGCCAUCAACUCAUCAUGUAUCAAGGGAAAACGCUCCAGACAUGAAUACAAUAUUAUGUAUGUAUUUGUAUCAUUGCUGUCAGUAUGGACUGUGUUUCUGAACCUGCUGGUGAUCAUCUCCAUCUCUCACUUCAAGAAGCUUCACACUCCAACAAACCAGAUUAUUCUCUCUCUGGCAGUUUCCGACCUGCUUAUGGGACUUGCUAUGCCCAUAGAAGGCACCAGGCUGAUUGAGACAUGUUGGUACUUCGGAGACACCUUCUGUGGACUCUAUUUAUUAUUUAUUGCAGUGCUUCUUUCUACAUCUCUCGGUAAUUUGGUUUUAAUAGCUAUUGAUCGUUACGUGGCUGUGUGUCACCCUUUACUGUACCCACAGAAAAUAACCACAACUAAAACUGCAAUAAGCAUCUGUCUGAGCUGGGUUUGCUCCUCAGUCUGUAACACUGCCUCUGUAAUUAAUAACGGAUAUUUUGACACUUCACUCAGAACAGACAUGUGUUAUGGAGAGUGUUCUGUUAUUAUGAGUUUUGCCUGGAGAGUCACUGAUCUAUUAAUGUCUUUUAUUUUUCCGUGUUUCCUAAUCAUAACUUCAUAUUUGAGGAUUUUUCAUGUAGUACAUCAGCAAGUGAAAGUUAUAAACUCUCUGAUGAAUGGAAAAUGUGUAAUGGAAGGUUCAGUGAGGAGGAAAUCUGAGAGUAAAGCUGCUCUGACAUUAGGAAUCAUUGUAACAGUUUAUCUGCUGUGCUGGAUUCCAUACUAUAUCUGUUCUAUAUCAGUAACCUCUUCCACAACCAUAAAUGUUUUGACAUGGGUUGUGUACACAAACUCAGGUCUGAAUCCUCUUAUCUAUGCUUUAUUUUAUCCCUGGUUUAAAAAGACAGUCAAAAACAUCUUAACUCUGAAAAUAUUUCAGCCAGCAUCCUCUCUGGUCAAUAUCUUUACAGAACAUUAAUUAUAAUUAAAUAUGUAAAACUAUGAGAGCAAUUUCACAUAAACUGCAUUACUGUUAUUAAGUCAUAAAGGUAGAUCAUCUGUUUAUCUUUGUAAUUUACACUUCAUGUAUCUUAAAAGUAUGUAUGAUUGCUGUAUAAUUCUCACACUGAUGCAAUGCGAGUUUUUUACUCUACUGAAAUACAUGAUAAAUGUAUGUUAUGUACUUCAUGCUUCACUUUCAUGUCAUAUAGUCAUAUAUAACUAUGUAUACAGGUCAAGCAUAAUAUGGUGGUUCAUCACAAAGUUGAAUGAUUAAAAUGGCUUAUAACCUGCCUCAAGGGUUAAAACAUCUGAUUUUAACGUCAAAUUCACCCAAAAUGAAUUCAAAGUUUGGAGUUACACCAUUAAAAUUAACAGUGGAGCCUAACAAUAAAAAUAGGAAAUGUAAUGGGGGUUAUCUUAAUGUAACAAUGUAUCUUAAUGUAACUUAUCAAGUAAGUUGAUGUAAUGUUUGCUAUAUGUUGUUUCAUAUAAAGUGAUGUAAAUAAAUUAAUGGCAUACUUGAACUACUAACCAUCACCUCUAAUGUUUUAAU